CGCUCACGCAAGCACGGCAAACAACACUGGCAGAAGCAAACGCAAAGCAACCACAACCACCUCCACCAAAAAAAACUUACGGCAGCGUGGUGGAGGAGCAGAGCGAUCGCGCGUCUUCGUUUGCUCUGACUGACUGACUACCUGCCUGCCUGCCUGCCUGCCUGAUUGGCGCAUCCACCACCACCAUCAAUCAUCAGCUCCAUCCCCCAGCUGCAUUUACACCACAAACGACGACCGCCCCGACUGAAACUUGCUAUUCCCAGCGCCCCCAACCGCACAGCACUUAUCUCGCCUCUCCGACGCGCGCCCUCUCCAUUUGCUUUGAGGACCUCCUGACCUCAGCCACACAAGCUGCCACAGACAGAAGUUACGCGCGAAAUGCAAGCCAGCGUAAGCGUGAACCCAGCGGCGAGCCGGCGCGGGGACAUGGCCGCCGUCCAGCCCAGCGGCAAGCACAAGCAUGUGCUGGUGACACACCACCAACCACCAGCACCGGCUGGCAGAAAGCUGCGCCAAACAUACGAGGACAAGCUCCGAAUUGCCACCGCCCUCCAGCAACCCAUGCGUGUCAAGACAAGCACCAUCUCUGACAGGUGCAUGUGCCGGCCUGGCUGCCACCAUCACGCCAUUUUCUCCGUCGUGGACAGCAAAGGCUUCGUCUUCAUUGUGCAGCUCAAGCAACGCCCGUCUUGCUCGUGCGCAGAUCACUGUUCCAACGGCAUUGUGUGCAAGCACAUGUACUUUGUGUACUUGCGAGAGCUGGGACUGGACUGUGCGUCCUGCAUCAUCUGCCAGCCUGUGCUGGAGGACAAGGAACUGCGUGCCAUCUGGUACUGGAUGCGAAGGCAGCGCAUCCAGCCCCGAUUCGCGUUCGACCACCACCAGAACGAACACAAUCACCACCCGCAGCAGCAGCAGCAGCAGCAGCAGCAGCACAAGCAGCGGUAUGCGCACAGGCAGCCAGAAGCAGCGGCUGCGAUGAUCUCCCAGCGCUCCUCAUCUUACCAUGGCCUGGACCUGUUGGCACGCGCACAACGCGAGCGCCAAAGGCAGCAGCGAAAGCAGCACCAGCUGCUGCACGGACAACAUGCGGCCGCGGACGAGGCAACAUCGCCGAAGCAGCUCUCACCGCCUCGUGUCAGGCGCUCAAGAUCCGCACAGGCAAACCUCUAUGCGCUGCCAACACGCCAGUCGGAGCAGCAGCUAGAGCGACAGCACCACGAGCACCAACGGCAAUAUGCAAACAGCGCGCAACAGCAGCAGCGGCACAAGGAGGGUGAGCAGCCCCACAAGCAGGCGAAGCACCGCAACCUGACUUCAUCGUGGCCAUCGCACGCGCGCACGCCUGCACACUCAUCCGCGUCAGCCCAACAGCCAGAGACAAAGAGCAAGAACAAGAAGACAGAAGGACUGAAGGAGCGUCGCCGGGUAUCGUUUGCAGAUCCACUUGUCAUCACCACAGCCAGAUACAACGCCCACGAAGUUCCCGCCAAAUCGCCAUUGGAAGUGGAGCACACAGAUCCUUUGCACGCACCGCUCUCGCCAGAUGAUGACAAGCCGCGGUCAACAAAGUCCUCGCGUCGCCCAAGAGCUGCACCGAACCCACCCCAUGCAGAGCCAACGUCUCAGCCAAUGGGUUGCUCGCAUUCGUCAUCAUCGUCAUCAUCAUCGUCGUCGUCAUCAUGGCGCCGACGACAGCGCUCGCGCUCUGCCAGCGAGACAGGCACUUCGCCAACUUAUAUCAUGGCACAGCCACCCACCGUCAGCGCAGUGUGAAGGCGGAAGGCUGUCGUCAAGCCAUCAAGCAGCCACAUCAUGUCACACCACAUGCCACACGCUCUACCCUACAGGCCACCAUACGACGCUACUCGUGUGUCAGGUGGCCCUGCGAUUUGAAGCGGGUGGAACCGUAAAGGAACAUGCUCUCUUCCUUUCUUCCCUUGUUUUCUUGUUGUGCGCGCACACACGUGUUCCUGUGUGGGCCCCUGAGCGUUUUGUGUUUGUUGAUGUCAUGUUUUGGCCAAGGGCACGUUGCACUGCAUGUGACCAGUGUUACGGUUGUGUUGAGACGACUCCCAUGCGCCACACAUGUUUACUGUUUUCGAGUUUCCAGAGAGCAUUUUGUACACUGAUGCCAAUUUGUUGUUCAAAUAAACGACACCGCAACCUGACA